AUGAUUUUCAAAAUUCUUUUAGCUGUUUUGGCUUUCGGAGCUUACUUUGAACAGGUUUGUUUUUGGUUGAAACUUUUAAUGAAACGUUUAUUUGAAGGUUCAAGGAGGAGUUUUACCAGUUUCAUCGACCGAAGUUGCAGUAAUUGAAAAAUCAUUGGAAAGUUCUGAAACAUCAAUCGAUACAUUAGGAAGUUCUCGCGUAAAAAGAAGUGGUUGUGGAUGUGGAUGUGGAUGUGGAUGUUGUUGUUGUAGACCAAAGUAAAUUUAGAAACAAAAGUCUACAGUAAUCCGAAUAUAUUUCAGAUGCUGCUGCUGUUGUCGCAGAUGUUGCACUUGCUGCAGAACAUGUUGUUGCACAAGAUGCUGCACUUGUUGUAGACCUUGUUGUUGUGGAUGUGGAUGUGGAUGUGGAGGAGGAUGCGGAGGAGGAUGCGGAUGUUGCGGAGGUAGUUUUAUUUUUUGAAAAAAAUAUUUUAAUCGUUUAAAUUUUUAUUUUCAGGAUGUGGAUGUUGUGGAUGUGGUGGAGGAGGUCGUAAAAGAAGAUCACUCCAAAACUUGA